AUGACCUGCUGCGCACGUAACAACGGCGAGUGCCUUUGCGCCAAGGAGGCAACCUGCAGCUGUGGAAAGCAGCCCGCUCUCCAGUGUACAUGCGACAAGGCCGCUACCGAGAACAAGAUGCCUACAAACACUUGCCAGUGCGGAAAGCGCGCAGAAGACAGCUGCACAUGCGGCCGCUCCUCUGACAACGGCUCCUCAUCCCUCGAGACCGACUUCACGACCAAGAAAUAA